AUGUUAGAAGAUGACCUUAUUGGAGCAAUUAAGAUAAAGGACGGCCUUUUCAUUGGUGAUGAAUAUUCAUCCCAAGAUUUAGAGUUUGUAGUUUCUAGUAAAGUUACUCAUAUCAUAAAUUGUGCUGCAACUCAACUCCCUAAUCAUUGGGAACCCAUUGGAAUCUCAUAUUUGUCAUUUCCAUGACAAGAUUUGGAUUCACAGAUAAUUUUUGACGCAAAUUCGACCAGUUUUGACGAGUGCUAUGAUUUUAUUGAAGAAGCUGUUGAUGCUUGUGAAAGCGUGCUCAUUCAUUCUGUGCUCGGGAAAUCUAGAUGUAUCUGUGUAGUGGCUGGUUACAUUAUGAAAAAAUACCGUUGGACCCUGGUAAAGACGCUUGAGUUCUUAAACUCACGAAGACCGAACUUAGAAUUGAGGCAAAAUUUUGUGAAUCAAUUAGUAGCUUUAGAACAUAGAUUAACUCGACAAGGAUUUGGCCCGAAAUCCUCGACCUGAAAUGAGUUAGGAGAAGAUGCAUAUAUUGACUCUGAAGAAUUAUUGUUAAGAAACACCUAUAUAAAUGCACAAGUAGGGCCAUUUAUUGAUUAUAAAACUCAAAAGACUGAAGAAAAACAAUUUUUGAUAAAUUGGAGUGACUGUAACACCAACAAUAAAAGCAUGCUGGAAGAUAUUGCACAUCCUUCUAGUAAAAAUCCAAUUGAAAAUGGAUACGCUAUACUGAAAUCAUGCAUUAAAGGAAGCCAAAAUGAAUGCAGAGCACUUGUGCAAGGGAUUAAAAGAGCCAAAAAACCAGAAACAGCUCCUUUGAAAAUAAAAAAUCUAGAUGAUUUAGGGAGCAUGCUGGAAGAUGUGAGCAACACGAAAAUGAGGAGAUCUGCUUGUGCUGUAAAAAGAGAUAACUCUCCUAGCAAUUCUAAAGGAAGAGCUCAAAGUGCAAGAGCAAAAGAAGAAGUUGAGAAUAAACCAAUUAAAAAACAAGCAAAUUUAGUGUUUGAAGGUGUAGGAAAUAUUAAGCUGCAGCUUAAAAAUGAAGGAGUUAAUGAAAAUUUGGAAGCGAAAAUGCAAGCUAAAGGCAGAAGGCCAGUAACAUCACAGCUGAGACCUCCAUCGCCUAUUGUGAGGAAUGGGAAUAAAAUAGAUUUGAGACAGUCAAACUCUGGAAGUCUGCCGAAGAGACCAAAACCUAUUUGGAAAUAG